GUAAAAACAGAGGCUGACACAAAAAAACAGGGACGGCAAGCAGAGGAUACACUGUAGCGACCAUGAUUCUCUCAAACCACUCUUUCCAGUCCAUAUUCUGCUGCUGCUGUGCCAUGCAGACAAGAGAAAUCACCACUCGUAUGAGUCUGGACAGAGACAGAGGACAUGACCAUACCUCAUCUCGCUAUCAGACACAGAGGUACCCAGGACAUGUCUGCAGGUCGGACAGAUCCAGGAGGAAGCUGCCCCCUCCCCCUCCUGACGAAGAUGGGGGAGAUAAGAUCUGUGUCGUGGCAAUGUAUGACUUCACGGCCACGGAGGAGACAGACCUGACGUUACGGCAAGGGGAGGAGUACACCAUACUGCACAAGCAGGAUCAGCUCUGGUGGAGAGCCGAGGACAAAUACGGAAAUAAAGGUUUCAUCCCAAGCAAUUAUGUGACAGAGAAGGAUAAAAUAGAGGCGCACGAGUGGUACUGCAAGAACAUAACCAGAUCAAAAGCUGAGCAGCUGCUUCGGCAGGAGGCGAAAGAGGGAGGAUUCAUUGUCAGAGACUCAAGCCAGCAGGGCUGCUACACAGUGUCUGUAUUCACCAAAGCUUUAAGCUCGGAAAAUGGCGACAUAAGACAUUACCAAAUCAAGCACAACGACUCUGGGCAGUUCUUCUUGGCAGAGAAACAUCUUUUCAGUUCUAUACCAGAUGUUAUACAUUAUCACAAACACAAUGCAGCAGGUCUGGUCACGAGGCUUCGGUAUCCUGUUGGCCCUAUGGGGCAGUGUGUCCCAGCAACAGCAGGAUUCAGCUAUGAAAAAUGGGAGAUCAACCCGUCAGAGCUGUCCUUCAUGAAAGAGCUGGGCAGCGGUCAGUUCGGAGUGGUGCGGCUGGGGAAGUGGAGGGCCCUCUGCAAAGUGGCCAUCAAGACCAUCAACGAGGGCUCCAUGUCGGAGGAAGACUUCAUCGAAGAGGCCAAAGUCAUGACGAAGCUGUGUCACCCGAAGCUGGUGCAGCUGUACGGGGUGUGCAUGAAGCAGAGGCCCAUCUACAUCGUGACGGAGUUCAUGGAAAAUGGCUGCUUGCUCAACUUCCUGCGGCAGCGGAACGGCAUGCUGAGCAAAGAGUGGCUGUUGGCCAUGUGCCAGGACGCCUGCGAGGGGAUGGAGUACCUGGAGCAGAACAGCUUCAUCCACAGGGACCUGGCUGCCAGGAAUUGUUUAGUCAAUGACAAAAAUGUGGUCAAAGUGAGCGACUUUGGAAUGACCAGGUAUGUGCUUGACAAUGAAUACACUAGCUCUACAGGAUCCAAGUUUCCAGUCAAAUGGUCCCCUCCUGAAGUACUGCACUUUAACAAAUACAGCAACAAAUCAGACGUGUGGUCCUUUGGUGUGCUGAUGUGGGAGAUUUUCACAGAGGGAAGGAUGCCGUUUGAGAACAAAUCAAAUGCAGAGGUCGUGGAGGAGAUUACACAGGGUCAUAGGCUGUACCGGCCACACAAGGCCUCCCUCACCAUAUACCAACUCAUGUACAAGUGCUGGCAUGAGAGGCCGCAGGGAAGACCCUCUUUCUCUGAGCUGCUCGAGACCAUUAAACAGCUUGCGGAAAUGGGGUGA